AUGGGUUUCGCGGGUUCUGUUUCCGCUGUGAAUACGGGUGGUGUGAUUCAGAGAAGCUGUAGUUCCAAUGCCUCGAGGAGAAUCCUACCCAUUGUAGAACCUGGGCGCACUGGCGCAUUGUCAUUUCGGUGUAGCGAUGUUCUUGGCUAUCGACUAAGACUCGGGAGGUCAUCUUCUGUGGGGAAAAAGCCCUCUGGCCCUUUUCAGGUUCCGUGUAUGCUGCAUCAUCUCCAUGAAUUGCCUGUAAAUCAGUGAUCAUUGUAGGGAUUUUUUUUUACAAACGGCGACGCUCACUGCUCGCAUUCAUGUCGCAGGUCGUCUGUGUGGACUAUCCGAGGCCAGAAUUGGAGGACACAGUUAACUUCCUAGAAGCUGCAGCUCUAUCUGCAUCUUUUCGCAGCUCUCCCCGUCCUGCUAGACCAUUGGAAGUUGUUAUCGCUGGUGCAGGUAACAUGAGAGUCUAUCAUUCGUGCAUAACUCUCAAUUAGUACUCCCAGUUAUUUCUCUUCGAAGAAUCGGCAUCCUAUUUCUCCUCUUAGAAUUGGCUGUAGAUAGUUCCCGAAAAUUCUUCGACAGCCCUGUGAAAUUAAAAUAUUGUGAUGUGCAUGUUCUGGCAGGUCUAGCCGGUCUCUCCACCGCAAAAUAUCUUGCGGAUGCUGGGCAUAAGCCUAUAUUGCUUGAGGCAAGGGAUGUCCUCGGAGGAAAGGUUGGUUUUAUAGCAAAUGCCCCUCUUUUUUUCCUCUUUCAGGAUUACCCACCAGCUUCAGUAAUAUUAUUACAUUCUGUGCUAGUGUCUUUGAUUUUCUUGAUGGUGCCCUUCCUUUAGACUGUUAGAUGGAGUGGGGAAAGUCUGUUUCAGAUCAGGAUCUUAAUUUCGUAGCGUCAUCUAAAGUGAAAGUUGGGCGAAUCGGAGUCAGGGCCUGGGUCACAUAAAAGCUCUGCGGGGAGAUUUUCGUGUGCAUGCCUUUGUGCACAUUUCAGUGUGGCUGCGAAUGUAAGAAAGUGUAAUUAUCUGCCUAGUGCUCUGGAAGAACUGCCAAUAAUUUCGCUAAGUUAUGUGUAGUAAUGACGAUGGGUAUCCAGUAGGCAGUGUGAGAGGCCUUCCUCUUGUAGGAGAAGCAAUCAUAUGUCUCACUUUCCGUGCUAUCUUUCUAAGAGAGACCUGACAUAUGCAAGGAUCUGGCCUUGGAUAUUAAGGACUCAGGUGGUAGGAGAUUUCCAGGUCUUGCAGUGAAAAAAAUUGUCUAGUUAUUUUUUCUGCUUUUUCUUUAUAGGCCUCUUGAAGUUUAAUCCAUUAUGGGCACUCCUCAUGCUGGUUUCCUGCAGGGAAACUAUUGGAAACUAGCUCCUGACGGAAAAUAAAUUUAUCCUAAUACUCACAGGUUGCUGCUUGGAAGGACAAUGAUGGAGACUGGUACGAAACAGGCCUACAUAUUUUUUGUAAGUAAAAAUGCGAUGGGUAUAAUUGGUCGAAUACUAUUCUGAGACUACAUGGCUUUUCUGAGGAUACAUAUGCUCGAUUUUGGCGGUGAUUUCCUAUUUUUAAUUAGCUCCUUCAUAAUACCAUUCUGAGAAGCUUUCUUUGACAUUCUUCUCAUACUUUGUCAAAAAAGUUGCCUGAUUCUCUGUCACAGCCGACAAUAUGGGUGCGCUUGUCAGUUUGUCAAUAUAUCACCUCCAAUCCUUCUCUUACUCCUUUUCCUAAACCAAUGCGUUUAUCUACUUUGCUAUAUUGUCCUCUCUAACUUUUCAAUUUUUUUUAAAGUUCUGGUAUUUGAAAAUAUCAACUAAUUAAAUGAGUUUGUCUGACUUCUUUUUGCAUAAAGUUGGAGCAUAUCCAAACGUGCAGAACUUGUUUGGGGAACUUGGAAUCAAUGACCGGCUACAAUGGAAGGAGCAUUCCAUGAUUUUUGCAAUGCCAGAGAAGCCAGGAGAGUUUAGCCGCUUUGAUUUUCCAGAAGUUCUUCCUGCACCACUAAAUGGUAGGCUCUCAGGCUCUACCCGAUCUCACAUUAUACGUGUCCUACAUGUGACCAUCUUACUUUUUAUGGAUAAUACGACUAUGCCUUGUUGCUAGUCCGGAGAGGAGAAAAUCUCCUUUAAUAACUAAUUUUUAGGUGCCCUUUUACUUCUCCACAUGAUGGGGCUACGGUGAGAUGUUGUGGGAGAAGUAAAAUAUUUUUUUAGCUUGUGGAAUUGACAUAGGUCCUGGAAAUUGUGCGUAUAAAGUUGGCUCAUCUGAGAAGGAAGAAAGAAUAAGGUUUCAAAAGAUGGCGGCUUGAGAGUGAAGCUAUCUCACUUGAAUUUGAUAUAAAGUUGGGGAAUGGGCUUCGGACGUUUUGUAAUCGCAAGUUUUUGAUUAGGAGGUUUGGGUAGUUGGAAUAGUUUUCAUCACCUUAACAGUGAUUAACAUUUUCACUUGAAGGGAGUCAUUGGAAGCAUUGCAUGAUGAUAAUUUGUACUUUUUAUUUCAUAAUUUAUUAAUUCAUAAUUUGGUGUUGUACUCUUUUAAAAAGUGCUCAUCAUUUGAAUGCGAAAUCUUGACUCUUGGUAUUGAAGCUAAAGUAAAUGCAUUUGCCUUAUUAAAAGACUCCAUUUGAACGUUUGAUAAUAAAUAAAAAAAAUGCCUCCGUUCUCAUUAUUGUAAAGUCAGCAGUUAAUAUUUAAUGUUUUUUCUUUUGUGUUAAUCUUAUUUAUCCACUUAGAAUUUUGAACUACAGGAAUCUGGGCCAUUCUUAGAAACAAUGAGAUGCUAACUUGGCCAGAAAAGGUGCGGUUUGCCAUUGGACUUUUGCCAGCAAUGGUUGGGGGCCAGGCCUAUGUUGAGGCUCAGGAUGGUGUUACUGUUAAAGAAUGGAUGAAGAGGCAGGUAUGCUUUUAUGACCAACAGAAUUGCAAGGUUUUUACUCUGGAUAUUCCGAGGCCUAGGAUUUUUGACAAUAUGUCGAAAUGAUAUUCAUCUUUCUGUGGAUUGUUGAAAAUACAUCUUGCCAUAUAUUCUACUUCGCAAUGUUUUAGUCAUCAAUUAUGUUUCUAAAUUUAUUACGGAUGUGAUUGUUAAAAAAAAGAAUAGGCAAGUUUUCACUUAUGAUCAAAGCGUUUCACAACGUCAGAAGUGAGGAUCGAACUUAAUUUUCCUGGGGGUAGGUAUAUGGUUUAUUUUUUAUUGGAAAGGAAUCACAAAAGGUUGUCGGAAUUAUUGCGGUAGAUUUUUUUGGCUUCAUAUGGAAAAUGAGAUUUUGUUUUUGCCUAGCUAGAUAGUAUCAUGAUUUUCCGAACAGCUGGGUUCAGCUUAUAGGGAGAAUUUUCGAUUUAUAAAUUUAUAGAUACUCGAAAAACCCAAAGCUAUCUAAAGUUGGUCAGGACCAGCCGGUUUAUGAGUCAACCAGCAUGUUUGUGACAGAGUCCAAUUGAAUAUUUAUCUGGAAAAAAGACACGACAGGAUUAUCCUCAUAAACUGGUUUCCGAAUUGACUUAUCUACAUCGUGUCACCUUUUUGUUUCAUCUUUUUGAGAAUUGUCUCUUCAUUGUCCCGCCUUCUUUUCUUGUUUCAGGGUGUACCUGAUCGAGUAAAUGAUGAGGUCUUCAUAGCAAUGUCUAAGGCUCUCAACUUUAUUAAUCCAGAUGAGCUUUCCAUGCAAUGCAUACUCAUUGCUCUGAACCGUUUUCUCCAGGUUUGACUUCUCAGCUUCAACAUGGAGAUCAUUACCGUGCAAAAGGAAAUUUCAUGAAAUAAUCACGUGGGAAAUGUAUUAUUUUAUCAUGGGUUUGGAUAACCUAAGAGUUCUCCUCGCUCAUCAGUAAACGAAAUUUCUAAUUCAUAGUAUUCUACCAAAGCCACUUCCUCAUGUAAAUUAAUUAGCUUAUUGUCCAAGUAUUGAUGCAAAUAAGCACUUAAGGAACCAAAAAAAGAAAAAGUUUUGCUGGGUGAUCUUUAUUGGCUAUGUUCAGGCAUUACUUUUUCUCACAAAGGGCAGAGAAAAGUUUGUGCACUCUUUAAUUUAUCAAACUGCAUCUGGCCAUCGUGAUCCACCAUUUUUUUUCCUAUUCUAGAAAUUAUCAAAAUUUUUAAAUAUAUCGAUUAUUUUAAUUUCUCUUUAGUUCUUUAUCUUAAUACCGGACUUGCCAUCCAUUUCAUUCCCUGGUGGUGCUUUAAGCAGUCAUCAAACAAAACUUUAUGUUUUUAAGUUUCAGAAGUAUUACCAAGCAGAAAUUGCCAAUCACAAUACUGAGACACUCAGCAAGAAAUGAAACUUUCUGUAAACAGGAAAAACAUGGCUCGAAGAUGGCCUUCUUAGAUGGUAACCCACCAGAGAGGCUGUGUACGCCAAUUGUUGACCAUAUUCAGUCGUUGGGUGGUCGAGUGCAACUUAAUUCACGAAUACAAAAGAUUGAGCUGAAUCCUGACAAAACUGUGAAGCAGUUUGUUCUCAGUAAUGGAAAUGUAAUCAGAGGAGAUGUUUAUGUAUUCGCUACACCUGGUAGGUAAUAAGUCUUGUUCUUUUAUGGGUUGCAUUCCAUCUGAAUAAUUUUCUUGUUGCGAAUGCUAAGCAUCAUUAUUACUUAUAUGCGUUUCUCAUGACUAUAUUUAUGCCAGUUGACAUCUUAAAGCUACAGUUGCCUCCAAGUUGGAAAGAGAUUUCUUAUUUCACGCGGCUCGAGAAGUUAGUGGGAGUUCCGGUGAUUAAUGUGCACAUCUGGUAUAUCCUCUGUCUUUCAAGCCAUGUCAAGAUGACACCAAUGUGGUUGUUGAUAUCUGGUUGGUCUGCGAAAUCGGAUGGAAUAUGUGGGGGUAUGUUUGACUUCCCAAGAGAGUUGAGGCAGGGUUAUGGGAAGCAGAUAUGAUUAAUUAUCUUCAAAUACGCACAAGAUUAAUCUCAAUUCACCGAAUAAGUUAUUUACGUAGUACUAUAGUAUAAAGAUCCGAAGUUGAAGGAUUCUAUGAUUUUUACACUCUGGAACUACAGCAAUUAACUUUUUUUGUUAAUGAAUUUGCGUGUUUGAUUCAGUUCUUGGGUGCUUCGAUUGUUUGCUCAUUGUGAAUAAUUUAUGUUUUCAGGUUUGACAGAAAAUUGAAGAAUACCUACGAUCACCUGCUUUUUAGCAGGUCAGUCUGAUGAUUUGUAUCACUGGUUGUUUUGUCGACUGCUUCAUUGACGUGAUCAGACUCUUUUCCCCAGGACAAGAUUAGAUAGACGUCGAUUUCUCAUUUUUCUACCUCUCUUACGUGAGACUAUGAAAGAGUAACGAGUAUACUGCUUCUUUAAACUCAGAAGAAGCCUACUUUGGCCAUCCUUUAUGCACCAGGAUCUGUGGUUAGAGAAGUUUGUUAUGAUAAAUAGGUUUAAAUAUGUGAUUUGCUCGCUUGGCCACAGAUUGCCGUUGAUUGGUUUCCUUGAUUUAAAAAAAACACUCAAAUUAAUUUUUAUAACUCGUCUGUUAUUGGGUGGGGGUUUUGAGUUUCUGUCUUAGUAUUCGGCAUAGUAGCUGCUCCAGUGUGGCGUUAAUUGUGUCGAAAUUGACCACGAAUAACAUUCUUCAUUUCCCACAUCUCACACGUGCGAAAUUGAAAAAUCAAGGGAUUUUGUCUCAAGAACAUUGAACAAAAUGAUCGAAUGACUCGUUAUCACUAAUCCCCUGUACAUAUUUAGUUGUUUAUAGAGAGAUAUCCUAUACGAGCUUAAAUAAAACUGUGGUAAAGUCUGAUGACUUUUAGUGACAAACAUGAAUGGAUGACCUAGAGUUCCUCAGAUUCCAGCAUUCACUAGUUAGUCAGUGAUAUAUUGGCAACUUUGAUUCAACCAUCACUGUGACUCAGUGGUUACAUGCGCGGGUAAUAUUUGUGUUAUAUCCUAUGCUGCAAUGAUAGAUUAAUUUAUCGAAGAUAUGUUGGCCUACACUAUUCCAUGGAUUUAGUACUAGUGGGGGGGGUAUCUUUGACGAAAAUAGGUUCUCUUUCCUCUUCAUGUACGCUAACAAUCUUUGUAACUUAAAAAUGGUGGGUGAAAUUAAUCUGUCCAACAUGCAAAAAUGAACGUUUGUAGUUGUAUAUGCAUUUGCACGAUGAAAUGUGUGGGUUUCCGUUGUUAAUUUUAGUAAUAUAUUUCCAUAGACUGUCUAAUGUAGUUAUUUUCUUUCCCAAUGUUUCCCUUUACAGGAGUCCUCUCUUGAGUGUGUAUGCUGAUAUGUCGGUUACUUGCAAGGUAUGUCCUAUUUAUGGUGGAAUACUUUGUGAGUAGAUAUCUAUCUUCCAUUUAUGGGCACUUGCCUUCUGAUCAUAGCCGCGAUGAUUGAUCGCGGCAAACGAAGCCAUCGUUUUGUAGUUAAAGGAAAUGCAUUGGCUGCAGUUCACGUGGGUCCAUGAGAAAUUUUUGUUUCACUCUUCGUGAGACAUAGACAUUGAAUGUGAAUCUGUUUCUUCAGUCGGUUCUCUCCCAGUGCGAAGGCCGCCCAUCAUAUCACGCUAGAAUUAUUUUUCUAUUCAUCAGCUUCCGAAAUUCAUACCUUCUCAUGUACGAUGACAAAGAUUGGGAACAUCCACAGAACUGCUCAAGAUGACUGCCCAACUGUCUGAGCAUUACCUUCACCCAUUAGAGUCGUGUUCUUCCUCUAAAUAUUGGAUUCCCUUGUUUUCAGUAGUGUUUUAUGGUCGGCAUACUUAUCGCCCAUGUUUGGGAAGUAAGAUUGGUAGGAAUCUAGGCAGGAGUGCUGCCUUCGUCAUGAUGGGGAUAGUUUCCUCGCAGGAAUACUACGAUCCGAACAAAUCUAUGCUGGAGCUAGUCUUUGCACCAGCGGAGGAGUGGAUUUCCCGGAGUGACAGCGAGAUUAUUGACGCCACUAUGGAAGAGCUGGCGAAGCUCUUUCCCGAUGAGAUCGCAGCCGAUCAGAGUAAGGCCAAAAUAAUCAAAUAUCACGUGGUGAAAACACCAAGGUGAGCUUACAAUUCUGUGAUCCUCCUCUGGUUUCUGGGAAUGCCGUUUAUGGUCCGUCUUCUAAGGCUCUAUAUAUUAUUGUAUCCAGAUCUGUCUACAAGACGGUACCAGAUUGUGAACCGUGCCGCCCUCUGCAGAGGUCUCCGAUUGAAGGCUUUUAUUUGGCGGGUGAUUACACAAAACAGAAGUACUUGGCUUCCAUGGAAGGCGCUGUUCUGUCAGGAAAGCUGUGCGCUCAGGCAAUAAUGCAGGUAAUUCCAGAAACGGCCCCCCUCCCAGUUCUUGUGGGUACGAUAUCUUGGUCUCGUAGGAACUGUGCGUAGCUUCCUCCCUCGCGGGCAUCCGUGCCAAGGCCAGGACUGCUAUCGCUUCUUCGGCAGAGUAGCUCACCCGUGUUUGCCACCCUCUCCAGGACUACGAAUCGCUACAAGCUCGGGCAAGCAGGAGCUCGCUGGCCGAGCCAGCUGUUGCUCAGUAG